UUGCCAAGAUGUGAAACUCAAUGGUUCGUUCCAUGGCAACAUCACGCCCAGCAGCAGAGUUACGCUUCCACCAUUUUGGACUGAAAGCGACUACCAAAGGCGAAUAAAACGUCCGUCUAAAAAAGUGCCCUACAAAAGUAAAACACGCUUAUUUCUCUUCUAUUGUCAUAUUCUACCGAAAUAUCCUGCGUUGAACAGUAGAACGUUAUAGAUACAAUACGGCGUUUUCAGUCCAAAAUGGCGGCAGAGGCUGUUGUCAAAAAAACACCGGAGAUUCGUCUCUUUGCUGCUAUACUCUUUGGUUUAGCAGCAGCCUCAUCAGCGCCUGAACAAGUCCAUGCUGCCAGGUCCUUGCUGUGGAAACACAUUUACAAGAUGGCAACCAAAGCGAAACGACCAAAGGUAGAUGAUGGUACCGAGAUCAAUCCGCUGCAGAACUUCCUACAGUGGUGCAACAGGGUCGGCCUGGUCCUCAGCAAUAAGGUGUGUGUGAGUAAAGAGGGAACAGUGGCGGAGUAUGGGAUGCUGGCUACGGACAACAUAGAGGAAGGGGAGGUUUUAUUCACCGUCCCCAGAUCAGCUCUUCUCCACCAGGAAACAACCAAGCUCUCUGCCCUGCUGGAGAAAGAGAGGUCAUCCCUGGAGAGCUCAUCUGGCUGGGUUUCCCUGCUGCUGACUCUGCUGUAUGAAUAUACAUCUCCACAGUCCCACUGGAGACCCUACCUCUCUCUGUGGACCGACUUCAAGACACUGGACCACCCCAUGUUCUGGUCUAAAGAGGAGAGAGACAGACUGUUGAAGGGAACAGGUAUUCCAGAGGCCGUGGACACAGACUUGACUAACAUCCAGAGGGAAUACACAGACGUGGUUCUUCCCUUCAUCACCAAGCAUCCUGACCUCUGGAACCCCGACACGCAUACACUGGAACUGUACACAAAGCUGGUGGCCUUUGUCAUGGCCUACAGUUUCCAAGAGCCACAGGUAGAGGAGGAUGAUGAAGACGACGAUGAUGAGGAGGAGGAGGAGGAGGAGGAGGAGAAGGCCCCAAACCCACCGAUGAUGGUUCCCAUGGCCGACAUGCUUAACCAUGUGUCCAAUCACAAUGCUAAUCUGGAGUUUACACCGGACAGUUUGAAGAUGGUUUGCGUGCGCCCCGUUCAUAAAGGAGAGGAAGUGUUUAACACCUACGGGCAGAUGGCCAACUGGCAGCUGCUGCACAUGUACGGCUUCACGGAGCCGCAUCAAAGCAACAGCAACGACACCGCCGACAUCCCAAUCGCCAACCUCUACGAAGUCGCCACACAAGGUAUUCAGUCUGACCUGGAACGGCAGCUGAAGGAGGAGCAGUGGGAGAUGCUGUGUGAAGUGAUGCAAGAGAAAGGAGCCUUCGUCUUUGGCAAACAGGGCUGCCUCACAGACACAGAGCUACAUACUGCGCUCAAGGUGCUGUGCAUGUCGAAGGAGGAGUUCUCAGAGUUCAAAGAUAAUGAAGGAUGGGAGGAAGAUGAGGAUGAAGAGAUUUCCCUUGCUUUCUCUAACGAGGGUCUCCCUGGAUUAAAGGCAUCGUGGAAAUGUCUAAUUCACGAAGCGGCCCGUCUGACUGCGAGGUCCUACGGAGACUUGGAGGGAGAGGGUGUGAACAGCGACCAGGCAGCGCUUGAAGGACUGAGCAGCAGGCAGCAGAACGCCCUGCAGGUACGCUGUGGACAGAAGAGCAUCCUGCACAGACUGAUGGAGCUCACCAAGUCAUGACGCCAGCUACAGCAGGGAGACGCACCACAGGACGAGUUGGGUUUUUAUAUAAGGGAGAAACUAAAAUGUCUCAAAAUACACUGUCAAUAAAUGUUUUUCCUGAAGACAAA